AUGUCUGCCACCGGUCGACCCACUGUUGACGAGCGUUCAGCUCCUGGAGGCAUUGCUCUCACCAGAGACACUACUUCCGACAGUUCGAGAGAUGCUGAAAAGUCCCCUGAGACUGUCAGUGCCGAUUCCCUGGACUUGGACCAGCUGCCACCAACAGCUCAAUACGGGGCGGUGUUCCCACAUGUAUUUUCCCACCCGGACCGCGAGCAGCACUGGCGCGAGGUCUUCGAGCGGAGCCAAUACGAGGGCCGCCAUAGAUUCGAUCCCUCUUUCUCCUGGACCGGACAGACGUUGGAUCUCGUCCGACGCAACAUCAAUCGGGCCAUAUCCGAUAACAUGCUUGACGACAUUGGCGUCAACACCAACGAUUACAACACCGGUCAAACAAUAUACUUCAUCUGCUUCCUGUUCGCCGAGCUGCCGGGUGGUCUUAUCAGCAAGAAGAUCGGUCCGUAUCGGUACACACCAGCUGCCAUCGUCCUCUGGGGAGCAUUCUGUGCUGCUCAAGCCGGCAUCAAAGGUCGAGCGAGCUUCUGGGCGUUGCGAGCGGUCCUCGGUUUCUGUCAAGGUGGCUUCAUUCCAGAAAUGGUGCUGUACCUCAGCUACUUCUACAAAGGCAACGAGCUUCCCAUCCGCCUGAGCAUUUUCUGGACUGCCAUUCCGUUGACACAGAUCUACGGCAGUCUCAUGGCGGCGGGACUGCUGGAGAUGAGGGGCGUUCAAGACUGGGCGGGCUGGCAAUGGCUCUUCCUCGUCGAAGGCCUCAUAUGCGUCGUUGUCGGCCUCAUCAGCUUUCUCGUCAUGCCGGGUUCUGUUUGCGAGCCUGCCCUCGCAUUCAAGCGCAAGGAUGGCUCGAACAAGUGGUGGAGCGAGAAUGAAGAGAAGGUCCUCGUCAACCGCAUCCUGCGUGACGAUCCCACGAAAGGGGACAUGAAUAGCCGUGAGGGCAUUGACUGGAGGGGACUGUGGUCCGCCUUCACCAACAUCGACCUCUGGCCGAUUUACAUUCUCGGUAUCUCCGCCUACAUCCCCUUCCAGCCGACCGCCAACUAUUUGUCGCUCAUCCUGCGCAACAUGGGCUACUCGGUCUUCAUGUCGAACAUUCUCGCCAUCCCGGGCUUUGCACUUUUUGCCAUCAACAUCCUGGUCUUCGGGAAGCUGUCUGAGAAACUCGACGAGCGCUGUUUGGUUGCGUCAGGAUCGAACCUUUGGAUGCUGCCGUUCUUUAUUGGCCUUAUCGCUAUUCCCGACACGGCAUCACCAUGGGUGAGAUACGUGCUCCUGACCGGCGUCAACGGCAUUCCGUACACCCACUCCAUCCUCGUAGGCAUGACGAGUCGCAACGCCAAAAGUGUCGCCACUCGUACCGUGUCCGCAGCGGUGUACAACAUGUGCUAUCAAGUCGGAUCGAUCAUCGCCGUGAACGUCUACCGCGAGGAAGACAUGCCCUACUACUACACUGGCAACCGGGCCAUGACGGCGCUCUGCGUUGUCAACAUCGCUCUGUUCGUCGCAGCCAAAUUCUUCUACAUUUGGCGCAACAAAGUCGCAAUGCGAAAGUUUGCCGGCCUGCCAGAGUCUGAGAAGAGCAAGGCUGUGGCGGUACUGUUCGCACACUAG